AGAGAGAGAGAGAGAGAGAGAGAGAGAGAGAGAGAGAGAGAGAAAUGGAAGGAGGGAAAGAAUCGGGGUCUUCAUUUACCUCAGAUCUUUUCGGGGCAAAGGGUUCUGCUCCAUCUGCUGGAAUUUUUGAUUCUAUUUUUGCGCCACCUCCUCCUAGGGUCUCGGGAGGAGGGGUAUCAAUAUUGCAUCUGUCGGAAACUGAGAAAAAGAAUGACUCUGCAUCAAGGCAACCUACUGGUGUUAAUGCCAAAUCCAGUGUUUCAGGUGGAGAAAAACAAAAGUGGAGCAGAGGAAACAAGGACGAAAAGAAGAUUAGUAGUUCAUAUGAAGAUUAUCAAUACAGCUCAUCAAUAUACUAUGGUGGUCAAGAUCAAGAUGUCUAUUCUCAACCCAAGCUUAAUGCUGGAUUAACCACUUUCUGUAAAGAUGUGGGAGAAGAUGACUCAGCCAGUGCGUCCAGGGGCAACUGGUGGCAGGGUAAUCUUUGUUUGUUCAACUGUUUUUUAAUUUAUAAUUUUUUUUUUCCUAAUAUUCCAGUAGCUUAUAAUAAACAAUUAAUCUUACAAUUGUUUCAUAUUUUUUUUUCUCUUGUGCAGGAUCUCUUUACUACUGAGUACUGAAGCAUAUGUAUAUAUAUAUAUACCAUGCAUGAAGCAUAUAUAUGAAGAAGAUAUGCAUGGCUGCAGUUGUAGCUAGAUAAAGAUGGCUCUAGUCACCUUUGCCUCUGUAAUUAUAUGUAUAAGUAUAACUAGUGAUUUCGUGCUUUUCGACUGUUGAAUAUAUAUGUAACAUUUUGCUUCAUGUAUGUCUAAUUGUCUAUUAAUAUAUAUGUUCUCUUCAACCUUUUAA